UUGUGCGGGCUUUUCAAAAGUCGAUUGAGUUGGAGAAGUUGGGUGGAAAUAUUUUUAUCUGUUCUAUGACUUUCUAGCUGAUUUAAAUGAAAAUGGACCUGAAAGCACCUCUCGCCACUAUCGAAGAAUCCUUCGCGUCUUCCAAAGAAACCAGCGUGCAAAUGAUUAAAACCGAGCUCGUYAUGUGCCUAGAAAGCUCCAUGGCAAACYUWCAAAMUAUAUGGGAUGAGAUUGGUAUUUCAGAGGAGCAGAAAGAAGAAAGAACUCAAGUGGUUUUGAAGCAUCUUCAAACCCUAUUGCAAGAGAUGGUCGUUGAAGAAGAAGAUUUGAAGAGAACUUUGCUAGAAAAUGUAAAAACAUGCACUGAAGAUCUGAAAAGAUUGUCAAAAGAAUUGGAUGUCGAAUGCCCAACGUUUCAAGAGGGCAUCUCCAUUCUUAAACUAGAAAACGAUCUGCGCCUGAAAGUUGAUGAGUUCAAACUAGAAAAACAUGAAAGGACCAAAGCCUUGAAGGCACUCCGUGACCAGGAAAAUGAACUGUCCAAGAGACUUUGUCUGCCAAUACACAACUUUGGCCAGGAAAUYAUUGUACCRAACAAAGAACAACUAAGGGAACUCGAGGCAAACAUUGAUUAUUUUCAAAAAGAACUGGCCAAGCGAUCAGAGCAAUUUAAGAAGCUCAAGUCUACAAUUAUGGAAUUAUGGAAAGAACUAGAAGAUGCACCAGAGACAUCACUUGAAAGGGAGCUGGCAGCCAGUAAUUCUGAGAAUACUGUUGUAUUGUCAGCUGGUAACAUGGAUACUUUGAAGGUGCUUGAGCUUGAGCUUGAASAUCAAAAAAACAUAAACAUUGACACUGCAAAACGGCUACAUGAUGAUGUCCAGUCUCUCUGGACAAAGUUGGAAAUAUCUGUGAAUGAAACCAAGCCUUUCCUUGCUCGYUGGCAUGGAUUCAAGCCAUCAACGAUUGCUGCUUUCAAAGAGGAGAAACAAAGGCUUCAGGUACUWAAACUUCAACACAUGCAGAAGUUUAUUGAUGGACUCAGGUAUGAAUUAAUAAAUCUCUGGGACAAGUGUUACUAUGGAGAUGCACAAAGAGAAACAUUCUCACCAAUGAAUGACACAAAUUACACAGAAGAGCUUCUUGCUAUGCAUGAGCACCAAGUUGAAGUGAUGAAAGGCUAUUAUGAACAAAACAAACAUUUGUUUAAAAUGGUAGAGAAACGAGCAACCAUGUUUGCAAAGAUGGAGGAGUACGAGACUACAAGCAAGCUGAAGCAGACUAACGUUGACAGAUUUUCAAACAGAGGGGGAGCAUUACUUAAAGAAUGUCGAGCAAGGAAAAUGAUAGAGAAAGAAUUACCAAAGGUUGAAAAGGAGCUGAAAGAAGAGGUUGCAAAGUGGGAAGCAGAGAAUGAACAAAAGUUUCUGGUCAACGGCAAACAACUGUUUGAACUUAUGGAAGAACAAUGGGGAAAUCUCAAGAACCAGAAAGAACAAAUUAAACUUGAAAGGCACAAGAGAAACCAAGACAUUAUGCAGAAAGAACUGUUGUACGGCAGUGCGCCAGUCACUCCAACUAAAAGACGAUUUAUUGGAACUCCAUCAAAGACACCAACUAAGCAGAAAAGAAUGGACAACACCCUCACACCUAAAUCAACCACCAAAUUUGGAAUAUCAACYGUUCAAUCACCAAAAGUGACAUCAAGAACYGGUUUACCACCAAUUGGAAGUAGCACAAAGAAACAAAGUAAAGUCACAAGACUUGCAAAAAAAGCUGCAAAAGUAACACCAAAACGGGCUUCAGCAAGACUCAAGGCUAAACGCCAAGUUCUUGGUGAGAACUCCUUCAUUACAUUCAGUCCAAGCAAAGGAAAGAAAACACUAAACGGYUCAAUUGCCAUGGUYACUGGUUCCAAGACWACCAGUGACAAUAACGUAUCAUUGAUAUCAUGCGUGGACUACAAAGAAUUCGCAGAUGGACUUGAAAACAUUCCAGCCCCCAAUAAAUGCCGCAGCAGUAUUCUAAUAACAGAUGAAAAAACAGGAACAUUUGUGUGAAAAUUUCCAGAAUUAAUUGCAUGAUUUUGUACAUAUAUAUUAUAUUAGUAUACCUUGUGAUAGAGUGCAAACCACAAAAGCGUGAACAACAACAACUAAUAACCUUUAGUUAUCAACCAACUAAGAAUUAACUGGGGCAUGAACAUAAUUCCAAAAAGGAAAUUGUCUUUGUUUAUGCCUCACUGAAUUCUUAGUUGAUAACUAAAUCUUAUCAGGCACUAAUUAGUUAAGAAUUGUUUCACACUAAUGUGGCAUGCACUCUAUAAAAUGUUAUUAUAUGAAAUUAAAUUUCUAGAGUUCAAAUCUAAAGCACAAAAAACAUAAUGACAGAAUAAUCACACCUUGUUCUGUUGCAUUUUGCAAAGUUACUCUUGCUAGAAGUGUGUGUACUGCAAUAAUCAGCAAUAACUACAGAGAAGAUAUAUGAAUUUGAUGGAUGAUGUAUUUUAUCUAUUUUUAUCUUUUUUUUUUGUGCCAUGCAUGAUGUACAUGUAACAACAAAACAUUAGGUGCAUUAAAGGCCCAGUUUGCACCAUUAUGCUUUGCGCRCCUCUGUUACUGUUAUAAUUUACACCAAAAUACUUCUAGUAUCYGAAUAUAACAAAAAAACGAAGUUCAGAUGGUUGAAAACUCUUAUAUUAGGGUUUAAAGUGCUUAGAAAAAUUGGCCAUCUCCCGGCCCUUGUGGCAACCAAAGCAUAAUGGUGCACACUGGGCCUUUAAUGAAUCUGUUUUGAUUCACUCACAAAGAGGCAGUCAGUAAAUCAACUCCUGAUGUUAUUUAUAAAUUUUCUUUUCAACACCAGAAAGUGAAACAAUUAAUUGAGCACUAGUAAGACCAAAUAUUUGUAGUGCAUUAGAUAUUUUAAUACUUUCAAUAUAACUAAACCUUCACUCUGGUGGUUUUUAAUGUUCCAAAAAGCACUGUAAAUAGCUUCACACAAAAAUAAAUAUCAAAAAAGUG